AUGCUUCUGAGCCUACGAAGAUCACUAGCUCAUAAAGUAUUACCCGUGAGCCUCCCGCGCUCAGCAUGGUGUAAUUAUCAACUCAGCCGAAACACCUUCUCCACAUCAUGUGCGGUUCUCGCCAAAAAGAAAACUAAGAAGAUUUCUGCCCCUAAGUCCAAAUCCAUCUCAAUCUCUCUGUUCAUAUCCGUUGCCAACCUUGCCAAUCAAUUAGGAGUACGAUACAACCAGCUUUCCAAGUCACUUGCCACUCUUGGGUUUGAUGAUGAUCAGCUUGGACAUGAUUAUAUCUUGGAUCAUGAGACCGCAGCCCUUGUGGCCGAGGAAUUUGGAUUCACCAUUAUCAACGACUCAAUAGAAAAAAUGGAUGAGAAAUAUGAUGUUCAACCAGCUCCUCCGUGUGAAGAUCUUGCGAAAUUGAAGCCUAGGCCUCCGAUUGUUACCAUCAUGGGCCACGUUGAUCACGGUAAAACAACAAUUUUGGAUUUUCUUCGGAAAUCAUCGAUUGUGAAGGGCGAGUUUGGAGGAAUCACUCAACAUAUCGGGGCCUUUAGUGUAACCACCCCGGUAUCCAAGAAAAACAUCACAUUUUUGGAUACUCCUGGGCAUGCUGCUUUUUUGAAAAUGCGUGAACGUGGUGCUAGCGUGACAGAUAUUGUGAUCCUUGUAAUUGCUGCCGAUGAUUCAGUGAAACCUCAAACCAUCGAGGCCAUCAAACAUUGCCAGAAAUCCAAUGCUAACGUGGUUCUUGCUAUCAAUAAAUGUGACAAACCUGAUGCUAAACCCGACAAAGUUUUGCAAGAUUUGACCCAACAUGGAAUCUUUGCCGAAAACUAUGGUGGGGAUAUUCAAGCGGUCAGAGUUUCGGGGCUUUCUGGAUUAAAUAUGGACAAAUUGGAAGAAGAAGUGGUUGCUUUGGCUGAAGUGUUAGAUUUGAAAGCAGAAUUCAAUGGGGUACCAGUAGAAGGACAUGUCAUUGAAUCACAAGUUAAAAAAGGUGCUGGGAAUGUCGCCACAGUUUUGGUAACAAGAGGCUCUCUUAAGAACGGUUCUAUUGUUGUUGCUGGACAAACUUGGGGUAGAGUUAAAUCUUUGAAAAAUGAAUUCAACAAGACCGUCAAAGUUGCCACCCCAUCGAUGCCAGUGGAGGUUUAUGGAUGGAAACAAUUACCAGAAGCCGGUGAUCUUGUUAUCGAAGUUCCAACUGAGGCGAAGGCAAAAUCUGUUAUUGAUUAUCGUAUAGAAAGAAGUAGAAUCCAGCAACAAUUGAAGGAACUAGAUAAUAUCAACAAGCAAAGAAUCUUACAGAAGCAGGAACUGGAAAGGGAAGAGAAAAUGAAAGAAUUGCUUAAAUUUGGGCUAAGCCCAGAAGAUCUUAGAAAGAAGGAAAUUGAAUUAUUUGGUGAUAAAGAAGAUGUCAGUGAUGGCCCAAUUCAGGUUCCGUUCAUUGUCAAGGCUGAUGUCAGUGGUUCGUCUGAAGCCAUUCAAGAAAGUAUUUCUCAAAUAGGUAAUGAGGAAGUCAUGCCAGAAGUUCUCUACGAAGAAGUUGGUAGUCCAACCGAUUCUGAUUUGGAUCGUGCUGAAUCUGCAGGCGCCUCAGUUAUUUGUUUCAACGUUAAGGUUCCAAAAGAUGUUGCGCUAAAGGCACAAAAUCGUAAUAUUCCAAUUUAUGAAUUCACAGUGAUUUACCAUUUGAUCGAAGAAGUUACAAGCAUUUUGUCAUCCAAAUUGAAACCAAUCAUUGAAACCAAUAUUUUGGGUGAAGCCGAAGUUAAGGCAGUGUUUAGUAUCACCAACCCCAAAAACAAAAAGCAGUUCAAAAUUGCGGGUAGUAAGAUCACCAGUGGAACGAUUGAAAGAAAGAAUAGUGUUGUGGUUAAGCGUGACGGAUUAGUCGUGUUCAAGGGCCUGUUGAAUGCGAUCAAAAGUGGUAAAGAUGAUGCUUCAAGUAUGAGAAAGGGUAGCGAAUGUGGUAUUCAUUUCAAGAAUUGGGAGGAUUUCCAAGAAGGUGAUACUAUUGAAGCUUAUGAAGAGGUUGAAGUACCAAGAUACUUGUGA